AUGCUUUGGGAAUUUGUACUUGUGCUGCUGUUCGUCUUCGCGCCACAGGCUCCUGGAAUUAAAGAGAGCGCCGCCAGGCUCGACUCGAGCGUGAAAACAGAAGCAGGUGUUGGCUCCACGCGUUUGGCGGAGCUGCUGAGGUCGUCCACACACACCAGAGGUUUGGGGUUUGAACAACAACAUAGAUCCAGGAGAUCCGUGUUUUUACACUCUGGAGUGAGAAUCUGCCCCCAAGAAACCAUCAAUGAAGUGCUCGCCAGCCACCAGGCUUAUUACCAACUCAGAGUUUGUCAGGAGGCUGUGUGGGAGGCGUUCAGGAUCUUCUUCGACAGGAUCCCCGGGACGACGGAGUACCAGAGAUGGGUUCACACGUGUCAACACGAGUCGCUCUGCAUCUCCGACCUCGCCAAAAACUUCAGCAGCGCCGACGAGCACAUGAGCAUGAUUCACAGGAGGAUGAACCGGAUGAGAGACGGGAGGCCUCCAUCACGAAGUGUGCUGACUCCACCACCAAAACAAAAGGUCCCUGAGAUAGCAGGUCCGGAGGUUCAGACCACCGUUGCCGCCCCGUCAGCAGACCCAGUGAAUAUCACCAGCACCACCGUCCUUCCCAGCCCCGUGAGCGCCUCUCCAACCCCCGCCAUCGAUCAGACCGAGCCAGCCGUGGAGGUCAAGCCAGCCGUGGAGGUCGAGCCAGCCGUGGAGGUUGAGGAGGUUGAGGAGGUUGAGGAGGUCGAGGAGGUCGAGGAGGUCAAAGAGGUUGAGGAGGUCGAGGAGGUUGAAGAGGUUGAGGAAGUCGAGGAGGUUGAAGAAGUUGAAGAGGACUCAGAGCUUCCUAAUGUGGUCCCUGAGAGUCCGGUGGAGCAGAUAGUGGAGUUCAGUAUCGACCUGGUGGACCCGGGUUACAGAGAGCUGCUGGACGACCCAGACUCCCCUCAGUACAUCGACCUGGCUCAUCACCUGCAGGACCAGAUGCAGCAUGUUUUUGACAAACUUCCAGGAUUUAAAGCCAUCCAUGUGCUGGGAAUCAGCGAGACCCAGGACACUGACGGGCCUGGAGGAAUCUCAGUCCACUACUCUCUCGUCUUUGAGAUUAACUCACCUAAAAUCAACUCUGAGAAUUCAGAGACAGCGACCAGCACUCCACAGUCUGCAGUUGACUCCAAGCUCAAGGAAAUGGUGACCAAGGCUUUGCGUGAGGAGGCGUCUUUGCCAAUUGAUCUGGACUCGCUUAACUUCGAACCAGAAUCUGUCCUCCUACCAGCACUGACAUCAACCUCUUCAGUAGAAGUGGUGAAUGAGUCCAGCGAGCCUGAUUCCCACAACGAGUUUGAAGUUUUCACUGAUGAGCCGGACGUUGAUAAACCUCGGCUGGUGGUUCCCCUCACUCCGUUGGAGAAGGAAAACGCCCUUGUGACCCUGCUGGAUCCCACAGCUGUCCCAGAUGAUGAGAUGACUGCAGUGACUGGUGGGAUAUCAGAGAGCAGUGAUCAACCCCCGGCCCCAGAGGAUAUCAGUGAUGAGUCAGAGGAAAUUUAUGUGAGUGAACCCGAGCAAUCAAAUGAAGAAGGGGAGGAAGAAGAAGUGCUGUUCAUUACACAUGAGAUUGAAACCAUUCAUCAUGAUGAAACUGGUGAACUUGUGAGAGACUACAUCCCAACUCCUUCUGUGAUUCUCGAGAUGGAGACAGAUGCUCCAUAUAUCAAUAUGUCUCCUAACCUGAUAUCAGAGGAAGAUCUGACUCCUAUUGAUGAGGACAGCAAAAAUCCCAGUUUGGAUAUUAUUCAGCUUACCCCUACCACUACUACUCUUGCUGAAGAGGAGCCGUCUGACUUGGGACUCCCAGUCACAACACUCUCAGCCAUCACAGGCCAGCCACCCACUGAGCCAACAGCAAACAUUCAAGAAGAAGUUAACGCUCUCCCAGAUGAGGAAGAGGUAGAUUUGGGUGUACCUAACAGUCAUAACCCCAGUGAGGCUUCGGAAACAGAGAACCAGGAUGUUUCAGAAUUAGAAACUGAUGUUGAAUUGCUAGAACCAGAGGGAGAGUUAGUGGCGGAACCUGAUGAAGAAGUCCUUGAGGUUUUGGUGCCAACACCUGAACUAACUGAGGUGUCUGAACCAGAGGAAGAGAAUUCAGAAGAAUCAGAAUCAGAGAUAGGCAUGCCUGAAGUUUCAGAGCCAGAGGAAAAAGUAGAGGAAGUCUCAGAGCCGGAGGAGUCAGUGGUAGAAAACCAAGAGGAGUUGGCAGUUACAGAGCCAGAGGAUAUGGCAGUUGAUGUUACAGGAAUGGAGGAGAAUGAGCUUGAAAUUUCAGAGCCAGUAGGGGUUUUAGAGAUAGAAGAAUUUGAACAAGGGGCAGAACCAGACUAUAGCGCAGUUGAGGUUUUGGAGGAGGAAGGAGUGGAAGAAGUUGAAGUUUUGCAACCAGAAGAGGAAAUAGUUGAAGUUACAAAAGAGGUAGAACAGGUUCAAGAACCAGAAGAAGAUAUAGUUGAGGUGUCAGAUCCUGCUACAGAACCAGAUGCGAUUGAUGUUUCAGAACAAGUUCCAGAACCAGAGGAAGAGUCAGAAAUAGGUGGAUAUGUAGAUGAGGUUUCAGAACAAGAAGAACAGGUGGUUGAAGCUGCAGGAUCAGAAGAAACAGUAUCUGAAGUUUCUGAGGAAACAGUACCUGAAGUUCCUGAGGAAAUAGUACCUGAAGAUUCUGAGGAAACAGUACCCGAAGUACCUGAGGAAACAGUACCUGAAGUACCUGAGGAAACAGUGCCCGAAGUUCCUGAGGAAACAGUACCUGAGGUUUCCGAGGAAACAGUACAUGAAGUUUCCGAGGAAACAGUACAUGAAGUUUCCGAGGAAACAGUACCUGAUGUUUCCGAGGAAACAGUGCCUGAAGUUCCUGAGGAAACAGUACCUGAGGUUCCUGAGGAAACAGUACCUGAAGUUCCUGAGGAAACAGUACCUGAAGUUUCUGAGGAAACAGUACCCGAAGUUCCUGAGGAAACAGUACCUGAGGUUUCUGAGGACAUAGUACCUGAAGUACCUGAGGAAACAGUAGCCGAAGUUCCUGAGGAAAGAGUACCUGAAGUUCCUGAGGAAACAGUACCUGAGGUUUCUGAGGAAACAGUAGCCGAAGUUCCUGAGGAAACUGUACCUGAAGUUCCUGAGGAAACAGUACCUGAAGUUCCUGAGGAAACAGUAGCCGAAGUUUCUGAGGACAUAGUACCUGAAGUUCCUGAGGAAACAGUACCUGAAGUUCCUGAGGAAACAGUAGCCGAAGUUUCUGAGGAAACUGUACCUGAAGUUCCUGAGGAAACAGUACCUGAAGUUUCUGAGGAAAUAGUACCCGAAGUUUCUGAGGAAACUGUACCUGAAGUUCCUGAGGAAACAGUACCUGAAGUUUCUGAGGAAACAGUAGCCGAAGUUUCUGAGGAAACAGUACCUGAAGUUUCUGAGGAAACAGUACCUGAAGUUUCUGAGGACAUAGUACCUGAAGUACCUGAGGAAACAGUAGCCGAAGUUCCUGAGGAAACAGUACCUGAAGUUCCUGAGGAAACAGUACCUGAGGUUUCUGAGGAAACAGUAGCCGAAGUUCCUGAGGAAACAGUACCUGAAGUUUCCGAGGAAACAGUACCUGAAGUUUCCGAGGAAACAGUACCUGAAGUUUCUGAGGACAUAGUACCUGAAGUUCCUGAGGAAACAGUACCUGAAGUUUCUGAGGAAACAGUAGCCGAAGUUCCUGAGGAAACUGUACCUGAAGUUCCUGAGGAAACAGUACCUGAAGUUCCUGAGGAAACAGUAGCCGAAGUUUCUGAGGAAACAGUAGCCGAAGUUCCUGAGGAAACUGUACCUGAAGUUCCUGAGGAAACAGUACCUGAAGUUCCUGAGGAAACAGUACCUGAAGUUCCUGAGGAAACAGUACUUGAAGUUCCUGAGGAAACAGUACCUGAAGUUCCUGAGGAAAUAGUACCUGAAGUUUCUGAGGAAACAGUACCUGAAGUUUCUGAGGAAACAGUACCUGAGGUUCCUGAGGAAACAGUACCUGAAGUUUCUGAGGAAACACUACCCGAAGUUCCUGAGGACACAGUACCUGAAGUUUCUGAGGAAACAGUAGCUGAAGUUCCUGAGGAAACAGUACCUGAAGUUUCUGAGGAAACACUACCUGAAGUUUCUGAGGAAACACUACCUGAUGUUUCUGAGGAAACAGUACCCGAAGUUCCUGAGGAGACAGUACCUGAAGUUUCUGAGGAAACACUACCUGAAGUUUCUGAGGAAACACUACCUGAUGUUUCUGAGGAAACAGUACCCGAAGUUCCUGAGGACACAGUACCUGAAGUUUCUGAGGACACAGUACCUGAAGUUUCCGAGGAAACAGUAUCUGAAGUUUCUGAGGAAACAGUAGCUGAAGUUUCUGAAGAAACAGUACCUGAAGUUCCUGAGGAAACAGUACCUGAUGUUUCUGAGGAAACAGUACCUGAAGUUCCUGAGGACGCAGAAGCAGAGGUAGUUGAGGAGGAAGCACUUGAUGUUGCAACACCAGCUGAAAAAGAAGAGGUUGCUGAGGUCCUGGCACCAGAAGAUGAGGUUGUAGAGUCAGAGGAGGAAGUGGUAGAGAUUUAUGAAGUAGAACAAAUUGUUGAAGCUCCAGCAUCAGAUGAAGGUGAAGUUGAACCAGCAGCUGAACCAGAAUCAGAACUGGAAGAGCAUGUAACUGAAGUGACAGAAACAGGAGACGAGGUAGUUGAGGCUGCAGAAUCAGAAGAGGAGCAAGAAGGGGAUUCAGAACCAAGUGAAGAAAUGGUAGAGGUUGUAGAGCUAGCUCCAGAAACAGAACCAGAACCAGAACCAGAACCAGAGAAAGAGUCAGACGAAGUACCACUAGAUGCACCUGAAAUCCCACAGUCAGAUGAGGAUGUAGUUGAGGAUGUAAAACCAGAGGAAGAAGUGGUAGAGGUUCAAGUGCCAGAGGAAGACCUAGAGGACAUUUCUCAAGCACAAAUUCCACCAGAAGCUGAAGGAGAGGAGUUAGUUGAAAAUCCAAAACCAGAAGAAGCUUCAGAACCAGAGGAAGGCGCGAUUGAUGUUUUAACAUCAGCAGAGGAUCUGCCCGGGGUUUCAGAGCUAGAAUCAGACGAGGGGGUUGUAGUUGAAGUCACAGAACCAGUACUUGAGGAAGACAUAACUGAGCCACCAGCCGAAUCAAUUAAAAUCCUUCACCCCUUGGAUGAUGUGGACGAUCUUCACUUUAGAGAGGAUGCUGUUCAUGUUGUGGAAGAUGUCGAGUUCCUUCAGCCCAUCGGGCCUAACUAUAACCAGCCCCAUGAGGUAGAUAAUUUGCCCGUUAUACCAAUAGAGAUCCAGCCUUCUGAAGGAGACGAAGGUGAACCUGACCAUGAGUAUCCCAUCAUUGAUGACUUUUACAUUGAGGAGGAUGUUGACAGCAUGGACACUCAGGUGGAGAGUGAUACCGAUGCCGUCACAACAUCAGAAACAGACACGAGUGACCUGCAUUUUGAAACAACCUCUGAUAAAACAGAUGUGACAGCUCCAGACAACCAAGACACAUCAGAGGGCACUGAAGUCAAAGAAGACUUGCUGGAGGAGACACAAGAAAGUGAUUCAUCCCCUGAAAGUGUAACAGCAGUACCAGUUUCAGACUUCUUCCCCACACCUCCAGCAACUUCUCUCGAGUCUGAAGUGUCCUCACCCAGCCCAAAUAUAGACUCUGGACUCUUUGAGGUAGCGGAGCAAUCUGUAAUCUCCUCUGCUCCUGAGUCUUCAGAGGAUGACAGCACAGAGCCUGAGGAAGACUUGGAGCAAAUUGAGCCAAGCAUCGUAAUUAUGGAUGAAGACUUAGAAGAAGCAGUAGAGGAAGUAGUUGAAAGCCAAACUAGCCCACCGGCCACUAAUGAAGACGUCAUCGAUGUGACUAUAAAAGACUUGGCGGUGGAGCUGGACCAAAUAGACGUGGCAGUGACGGAGGCAAACGAGCUGCCGGACGAGGCGAGUGGCUUCCCGACAGUGGUUGAGGAACACCCCUCCAACAGCGUCACAGUCCCGCCUCCAGUGAGAUACCUGACUACGCCCGCCAUGACCACAGCCAGCCAUGGCAGGGAGCUGGUGGUGUUCUUCAGCCUGCGCGUCACCAACAUGGACUUCUCAGAGGACCUCUUCAACAAGACGUCGUCUGAAUACAGAUCCUUGGAGAGCACCUUCUUAAAUGUGCUAAUGCCUUACCUGCAGGCAAACCUGACCGGCUUCAAGAAACUGGAGAUUCUCAACUUCAGGAAAGGCAGCGUAGUCAUCAACAGCAAGAUGAAGUUUGCCAAGUCGGUGCCGUAUAACAUCACUGAGGCCGUCCACUGUGUCCUGGAGGAGUUCUGCUCCGCUGCUGCCCAGAACCUGCACAUCCAGAUCGACACCCACUCUCUGGACAUUGAACCAGCUGAUCAGGCCGAUCCCUGCAAGUUCAUGGCCUGCGACGAGUUUUCUAGCUGCGUGGUGAAUGGCCGGACGAAGGAGGCUCAGUGUCUGUGUGAGCCGGGCUACCAGUCGGUGGACGGCUUGCCCUGUCAGAGUGUGUGUGUCCUCCAGCCGGACUACUGUCAAGGAGGGGAGUGUCAUAUAGUUCGAGGACAUGGAGCCGUGUGCAGACACAAAGGCAGAUAUUCUCUCCCAGGCCUCGCCAGUUAAGAAAUAUAUAUCGGGAUUGGACGGCACCUGAGAAUACUACAAAAGCAGCAUCGAGUUGUUCAUGAGACGCAAACGAAGUCAAAGAAAGAG